UGUUUAAGACACAAACCUUACAAACCUAAAGAAAUUAAAAAUACAUUCAAAUAUAAAUUGUUUGUAAAUGAGAGACACAACGAAAGCAUACUGCUCCUGUUUCUUUAACAGCCCGCACAACCUUCAAAAAAAGAUUUGGCAUCGUGACUAAACUGUCAAAGCCCAGUUUCCGGUUUGAUUUCAAACUAAAAGCACAGAGGCUAAAUACAAACAGCAGGUGAGGGAAAAAAAGAAGAAAAUAAGACAAAACCUAUUUAAUUUUUGUUUUUAGUUAAAACGGACUGUCUUCUAUUGAUAACAUCUGUACACCGAAGCUGGGAAACACACCUUUUCAGGUGGGCACCUGAGAGCAGAUGAACAAACAGUGUGUCUGCAUAUAAAACCAAUAGUUAACAUUGUUCCGUCCACAUAUUAAGAGAUAUUUGAAGUUUGAAAAAGUAGCCUAACUUAAGCCGUGUAGCCUCGCAUGUAGGCGUCGUGACUACACAAUGGUCGAGCUUCUACCUUAUUGUGAAGGUCGGAGGUAUACACAGACCGGAAGCUCAGAUGGACACAUCUGGACGAGAUACUUUCGUUUAGAACCUUGCCUGUUUGUCUGCGUCCUACAGCCGCGCCCCUUUGUGUUACCUGAGCCCGACUGCUCCAAGAAGUGUUGACUUGAUCCUGUUCUGACUUGUUGGAAGGAGAAAUAACAACCCACGAGUUGUUGGAGUUAAAUCAGAGAGUAAAAGUGUUUUUUCUGUUCCUGCACCCGCGACGACAAAGUGAAAGUGAAAGUACACUGAAGGUACGACGGCGGCUGCGGAGCAUACCUGUGAUUAUUCUGCUGCUCUGCAAUGGGUUGCUUUUAUUUCCUGGCCUCGUUCUUAUUUACCUCCUGCCUCGUUCUAGGUGCUGAACCGCCUACAAAAUAUGUCCUCAAGGGGACGGGGGAGAGCUUGAAGCCGACCUUUUCUGGACAACCAAAUUCAAUUCUGUGGAAACAUAACGGAAACAAAGUGGUGGAGUUUGACAGCAGAGAGGAACAGGUGUACGGAGCGUACAAAAACAGGAUCACUCUCGACUGGGUCUCGGCAGAGCUCGAAAUCACCGGCCUCAAGUUAGAAGACAGAGGACUCUAUGAAGUGGAAGUCGACAUCAACAACAUGUUACAUCUGUCAGAAUUCAAACUGGAGGUCAUAGACAAGGUUGCCAUGCCGACCAUAUCUUGUGAGUUAAACAAAGACGGUGGCUCCGAUGUUUCUGAGGUCCGAGCGACGCUGCUGUGCUCUGCAGACCCCACCCCACCUGAGUCCAUGAUGAAGUUUGAGUGGAGAGCACGGGGAAAAUCACAACCGGGACACAAGUUUAAUAUUUCUCUGGGAGACGAACGAGAUAACGAAGAAUACAGCUGUUCAGUCAGCAACCCUGUGAGCAGUGAGACGGCGACAUUCACAGCAAAGGAUUGUUAUCACGAUAAUUCAUCUGUAGCUGUGGCUGUCAGUCUGGCUGUCGUUGGUUUAAUCGUACUCGUGUUGAUCAUCAUCUUCUGCAAAAAGAGACAAAAAGCAUGUUUUGCUAAAGGACAACAGGAUGAUGAGGAGAAACAGACUGAAGGCUCAGAUAAGAAGAAGGCUCAGGGAGGUGAAACCAGGCCUCUUCUUACUGAAACGCUUCCGUCUGAUCAGCGACUCAGUGUGAGCUACUCUCCAGAACCUGUUGUAGAUACGGAGCCACGAAAAGGUUUCGUCAAAAAGGCGAUACACAACAUUGAGAAGGGUAAAAAACCUCAACAGCCUCAAAGCAUAACAGAAACUUUAUCUCCUCCUGCCUCUCCGUUUGGGAACUUAAUCUCUCCAAGUCUUCAUGCUGACUUCGACAGAGGUGAUACAGAUGCAGAUGUGAUGAAUCUCUCUGGAGAGGAAAAGAUCUCACAGCCUGAGCACUCAAACUCUGAGGAGACAAAAGAACCAGAGUGUGUUGGUUUGUCUGAUGAAUCUGAACAGCCAGAGAAGAAUCAAGGUGGGGGUGAGGAAGCAUCGCCUGUCCCACCCACAGAUCAAACCUCUCCAGAUGAUAAGCUAAGUCAAGAUGAGGACCUUAAGGACCCUGCUGGGGGUCAAAAGAACGGGUCUGACUCAGAGGAGGUCAAUAAAGACACUCAAGAUGAAUCUGUCUCACAAACUGAUUCAUCAGCAUGUUUUGCUAAAGGACAACAGGAUGAUGAGGAGAAACAGACUGAAGCAGCAGCCAGCUCCCACCAGGACCAGGCUCCAGCGGCAGCCAGCUCCCACCAGGACCAGGCUCCAACGGCAGCCAGCUCCCACCAGAACCAGGCUCCGGCGGCAGCCAGCUCCCACCAGGACCAGGCUCCAACGGCAGCCAGCUCCCACCAGGACCAGGCUCCAACGGCAGCCAGCUCCCACCAGGACCAGGCUCAAACGGCAGCCAGCUCCCACCAGGACCAGGCUCAAACGGCAGCCAGCUCCCACCAGGACCAGGCUCCAACGGCAGCCAGCUCCCACCAGGACCAGGCUCCAACGGCAGCCAGCUCCCACCAGGACCAGGCUCCAACGGCAGCCAGCUCCCACCAGGACCAGGCUCAAACGGCAGCCAGCUCCCACCAGGACCAGGCUCAAACGGCAGCCAGCUCCCACCAGGACCAGGCUCCAACGGCAGCCAGCUCCCACCAGGACCAGGCUCCAACGGCAGCCAGCUCCCACCAGGACCAGGCUCAAACAGCUCCACCAGGACCAGGCUCAAACAGCAGCCAGCUCCCACAGCAGCCAACUGUUGGAGCAGCUAACACAACACUGACAUUUGGCCACAUCAAAAAAAGUGCAGAACAAUAAAAAGAAAGAGAGGAGAGUGCAGGCUCCGUGCAACCACAGCCUCUGUAUUAUAAGGCUCUGCUUUCAACAUAACAAAACACCCUUUUAAAAAAAUCCUUCUCGACUCCUGCGCAUAGUUAAGACAGCAAAAUAGAGCAGAAUCACAUCAGCUUCAGA